UGUCCAUAAUAUCUCCACUUGAGAUUUAACUACAUCAGCUACAUACAAAAUAGGGAAUCACCCUAAUUCGAAUCGCAUCACAUAAUAAAAAGGUUAGUCAGUAUGUCUAAACGUCCAAAUCUUUUGGCAAGUUUCUCUGAAAAGCUUACCUUCGGUGUAGAGCUCGAGUUUGGCAUUCGCUUCUCAAAACGACCAUUCACACUCCAGGAAAAGAUCUGGGAGCUUGUUAGAGACACCUUGAUUGUUGAGACUGGAUUUGACAUUCUGUCACAAGGUGAUGUUAAAAAAUUAGAUGCAGAUCUCUGGCUUCCAAGUUCUACUCAAAAAAUUCCACAGGCAGCAUUGUUCAACACAUGGGUGGUCGGCGCGGAUGCCACUUUACAUUUCACCGAUGAGCGGAAGGCAGACAAGGCCUACUACUGCCCGAUUGAAAUCAGGUCACCGGUCUUGAAAUUUGGCACCGAAGCAUUCAAAGAAGUUCACAAGAUGCUAACCGCUAUCCACAAACAUUUUGAUGUUGUCGUCAACAGAUCAUGUGGUUUUCACGUUCAUGUUGGUAAAGGAAAGGCAGGACUAAACUUUACGCCGCUUCAACAUCUCAUGGCAACUCUUUGGGUUUUUGAACCUCAAAUCUCAGAACUUAUUCACAAGUCACGAGCAAUGACUGGUAGCUACUGUCCAUCACUUCAUGUACGCUCCAAUCUUGGUGUACUUAAAUAUGAAGGAAAAUUACUAGAUGUACUACUCGGCACAACUGACGUCAAUGAAGUCGUCGAAAUGUUCAGUGGAUAUAUGCUUUUCAACUAUAUGUCAUAUCGUAUUGAAGGACUCCGUAUACCGCACCUUAAUCCAGUCAAGAGAACCAUCGAAUUUCGACAACAUGAAGGAACCAUGGAUUCAGAAACCGUCUUGAAUUGGGUAAGUUUUGUUGUUGAGUUGGUGGCCUGGGCUCACAAAAUUCGCCGUCAGGAUUUGAAGAUAUUCCUCUCAAAAUACACCAAUUCCCCAGAAUGUUAUUCCGUGGAAGAUCUCUUCGAUGAAAUUGGUUUCCCUAAAUCAGCUGUUGAAUUUUACCGAGGAAAAGUCCAAAGGCUACGGAGAAUUGAGCAGAAGGAAGAUGGGAAGAAAGCUAAAAAUAAAUGAGCCUUGGACACUGGGAAAUCAAGCAGUAGCGAGUCAGGUAGUACUUCAGUAGCAUCGUGGUAAGUUAUGAUGCUAGUGCGUCGAGAAGCGAGCCUUCCCCCUCUUGUCUUCCUCUUUCGCAACUCUCCCCAAAUCAAAUAAGAUUAGUAAGCUAGUUUAUAUUUCUUUUGUAGUCUACUGUUUUCCAUCUUCCUGUCAAACCGACACCUAUGAUUUUCGCACUUAGAUUUCUAUUAUCUC